AUGCUCCAACAUGUUCUAGGCUCGUUUGCUAAAUUCCGAAUUUCAAAAGACGUUGUUCAUUUCAGAUUUGAACCUGACUACAGUUCCGUUCCUGCGGAAGGUGUAUUAAUCGAUAUCGACGAUAUUUCACUGUCCAACAGUCCAAAAUCAUACCGCGAAAAAGAAGAUUUUGUUGUGGUCCUUCUACGAAAACAGAUAAAUGGAUAUUUAUUGGCAGAGAUUAAUGGAAGACUGGAAGGUGUCUCGAUGAUUGUUCUGAUGCCAGGAAUGAUGCUCCGAACAAUCGACGAUGGACAUAAAAGGAGAAAGGUGAUUGAAGUGCAUGAAAGGAGCCGAUUGAUGGAAUCCCGUGGAGGUUUGCUCGAGCCAAUGGAGGUAUUAACUGCCCCUCUGAAGUGUGCCAUGAUAUCAAGCGCAGAUGCGAUGAGUAUCCAGCAUUCUCAAGCUCUUCAAUUAUUAUCAGUUCCAAACUCGGAGCGCCUCCAACUCUACCAUGACGUUGAACGCUUCAACUUCUUGAUGAAUCUACGCGUAGGCUCACGUGUAGCCGUCGAUUUGAGCGAAACAAUGCGGCGAGUGCCCGGCAAAGUGUCAUGGAUUGGCGAGCGACCCGGAAACGACGGAUUGUGGUACAAGGUCGAUUUUGAUUCGCAGUGGCCUCCGUCAUCCCAUGAUCGAAUAAUCAGCCAGCAAUUCGACUCCAAUUGGAACUCGCUGAUGUCAGGCUCGUCGACGGUGGUGCCGACGAACUCGCGCUCCGCCUAUUAUUCGCCGAAUCAACUUCACAUGCCGCUGAAAGGCGGCGGCGUCGCCGCGAUGUACGACAACAGGCGUCCCGUCACAUUGAACAACAAUGUCGAGGAGGAGACGUCGCGGAAGGCGAGAGAGCGAAUUAUUCCGGUGACGCGACGCGAUGCGCCAACGACGCCGCACCAACACCAACAACAACAACAGGCGGUGCAUCACGAGUCGAACUAUUCGCGAUCGGCACAAUCGGCGCCGAGUCGCAGUAAAAGUGUGCACUCGAUUCCGAUAAAAAUGGAGAGGAAUCAGCCGGCGACGAAGAAUGAACCGGUUCGAGAUGAUCGCUUGAGAUUCCGAAUCGGUGAUCCGUGCAUCUGGAACAACAACGGGACCAUUGAGAAGGGAACAGUCAAGUUUAUCGGCUAUCUCAAAGGACACACUGGAAUAUAUGCCGGUGUCGAAUUUAAGAAUCAAAUCGGUGCUGGCACUGGAAUCUUCUCCGGCGAGCAAUUGUUCAAUGCGAAAAAUGGGCACGCGGGAUUCGUCGAGAUGACAACACUUGACGUGCCAUCGCCGUCGACGUCAUCGCAUCGCCGACGUCUUUCAUCGUCACGUAGUCAAAAUAUUGGUGGUCCCGCUGCCGCCGGAUCGUCGGUUAGUGUUCCGGUGAAUCGGUAUCCCGGGCAACAACAGGCCUCUUCGGAGUCAUUGUUCGAUGCGCCGCCACCACCCUAUGCGCCACCUUCACCACCACCACCACAGCGCGCGCGUUCCGCCCAACCGCCACCGUUGCCGCCGAAACCGAUGGCGCAUAUCGAGGACUAUUUGAUUGAGAGCUUCGAGAUCGGGAGUCGCGUCAACGUGUGCCAUCUCGGCGCGCAAAAAUCGGGAGUUGUCCGAUGGCUCGGCGACGCGAUGAACGAGCAAGGCGACGGUCUUGAGCGAUCCGCCGUCGUGCAGCUCGAUGACAAUGACGCGCCGUCGGCGUGGCGGAAGAGCAGCGAAGCGCCGGAUUACAUGGGAAGUCCGGUGAGCGGAGGGGUUCUCGUGCCGGUGGUGGCGUUGCGUCGCUGUCGAGUCGCUCUUCCGCCGUACUCAGUGGCGAUGGCGUCGACAUCGCGCAACGGCGAGUUUGGAAGUGUCGACAGCGGUGUGGAGAAGCAGAAGUGCGCGCCCGCCAAGGAAAUCCAUUGUUUGAUCGGAAGGCAGAAGGGAAUUCAGGGAUACUGUAACAGUUGCUACAUCGACGCGACACUGUAUGCAAUGUUUGUGCAAUCGACCAAUUUUGACUUCUUGUUGGAGAAGCCGAUUAAGGGCAACGAGAACGCCGCAUUGUUCCAGAAGAUACUGGCCCAUGAGAUUGUGUUCCCACUUCGAAAAUUCCACUAUGUGCGCGCGGAUCACGUGAUGCGACUCCGUCAGUUGCUCGCCGAGCUCAUGCCGCAUAUGAGCGGUCUGACCGACGAGGAGAAGGAUCCCGAAGAGAUUCUCGCGUUCAUUUUCGCCAAAAUCUUCAAAGCCGAACCGUUCAUUCGACUAAUUGGCGCUGACAAAUCGGAGGACUCGCAAUAUUUGGUGCCGAUCGUCGUCGACAGCGAUUGGCAGGGCGGCGCGGCGACGUCGCAACAUUUGCUCGAGAGGCAUAUGCGAGCGGCUCAGGUGAAAUUCGUGAAGCCGCCGCCGGUGCUCAUCAUGCAAUUGCCGAGAUAUGGACAACAGAAGGUGUUCGACAAAAUUCUGCCGUUGGAGCAAAUUGACAUCACGCCGUUCGUUGCUGGAGCCGUUCCGGCCUGCAGCGGAUGCGGAAAUUGUGCCGAAGUCUACUGUCCGACGUGCUUCCUCACGAGACGCGUGUUCUUCAACGAGAUUGUCUACUGCGACAAGUGUUUCGCGAAAUCGCACCUCCUUCCCGAAAUCUCGGACCAUCUCCGUCGCGAUAUGAUGCCGCCGCCGAGGCCGCAAAAGAAGCCGAACUCGCACAAAAUGGUGCUGACAGCGGUGUUGUGCAUUGAGACAUCGCAUUAUGUCGCAUUCGUGAGAACGUCCACCGGCCAAUGGGUGUUCUUCGAUUCGAUGGCGGAUCGCGAAGGUUUGUCCGACGGAUUCAAUGUUCCGGUGGUUCAAGAAUGCGCGGAUAUGUCUUAUAUUUUGUCAAUGGGCGGUUGGCAGCGACUCAAAGAAGCUGAUGAAACUGGACAGAUAAAGGCAAUGUUCAGCAAGGAUUCGAUCGAUCCGCUUGUCAGCCGACUUCUCUCCGACAGCUACAUUUGCUUCUACGAGGAUUCCUCAUUAUCGAACCCAUCGAAUUCGGCUUCUUUUAUUAACACGUUUAGAAAUAUGGUUUUGUAA